CAAUCCUAUGAUUGCCUGCUGGACACGGGAGCCACCUUUUCUACCUUGUCGGACAGUCACCUCAAACCGGGAAGGGAAACUCGCAAAGUGUUUGGAUUAGAUGGGAUACCCCGAACCUGUCCCCUUUCUGAGCCAGCUAAAGUAAGGUUGGGACCCCUGCUGGCAGAACAUACCUUCCUUUUGACUAACAGCCCGGUGAACAUGUUAGGCAGGGACCUUCUCUGCAAGUUGAGAGCUACCAUUCAGUGUAAUAAGGAAGGGAUUUAUCUACACCUCCCUGAAGAGUCCCUCCUAGCCUUCCAAGGCAUCGUGGAGGAGGCGAAAAUGGGCCACCAAUUCCCGGACUUACCCCUUGAACUCGAGCUAGAAAUGCCCCCUUGGCUCUGGGGCACCGAAUCUACCUCGGUCGGACUCCUAAAGUCAGCUACACCUGUCAGAAUUACCUACCGCACUGACGUACCUUUCCCCUGCACAAAGCAAUACCCGCUCCCUAAAGAGGCUAUAGACGGCCUCACGCCAAUGAUACAGGACUUUCUAGACCAAGGAAUACUGGUGCACACCGCCUCCCCUUGUAACACCCCGGUACUCCCAAUCAAAAAACCGGGAGGGGAAGGCGCACCUGUCCGUUAUCGCUUUGUUCAGGACCUCCGCUUGGUGAACCAGUUCGUGAUCCCUCGCCACCCCGUCGUAGGCAACCCGAACUCGCUCCUAAACGCCAUCCCGCCCGACACGACCUGGUAUAGUGCAGCGGAUUUGUGCUCAGCUUUUUUUAGCAUCCCGGUGGCCCCAGAAAGUCAGUUCUUAUUUGCGUUUACAUGGGGACCGGGUCAACUAACCUGGACUCGGCUACCCCAGGGAUAUGUUGAAUCACCCGCAAUCUUCUCUGCGGUCCUCCACCAAGAUCUGCAGGAUGUGAACCUUCCUGGGGGAUCCACCUAUCUCUUAUACGUAGAUGAUAUUUUAUUGUGUUCUACUAGUGAGGAAGCAUGCAGAUUGGACACCAAGUACCUGCUCAUGGAAUUGGCACAUAAGGGACACAAGGUGUCACCUAAGAAAUUGCAAUUCUGCAAACAAGAGGUGAAAUACCUAGGCCACAUCCUGGGGGUUGGCACUAGAAGCCUAGCUACUGACAGGAUUGAGGCAGUCACAAAAAUCCCAUUACCUCAAACGAAAAGACAGCUCAGGGGGUUCCUAGGGAUGGCUGGAUUUUGCCGAUCAUGGAUAGCGGGUUAUGCUGAACUCACCAAGCCCCUGACAGCCAUGACCCGACAGGACCACCCCGAUAAACUCCAAUGGAAUGAGGAAGCCUAUGCCUCCUUUGAACGAAUAAAACGGGAACUCCGCUCAGCUCCCGCUUUGGGACUCCCAGACUACCGUAUCCCUUUCAAUCUCUAUGUCCACGAACAAAUGGGAGUUGCAUCAGGGGUCCUCACACAACCCUUUCGUGAUAGGGAAAGACCAGUAGCCUACUACAGUCUUCAGCUGGAUAACACAGCUAAGGGAACUGUCAACUGUCUCCGUGCUAUAGCUGCAACAGCCGCACUCCUUGAGAAAGCUCAGGAAACUGUAUUAGGACAUGAAAUCACCAUACAUGUUCCGCACGCGGUGUCCAUUCUCCUAACAAUGAAGGGUUCGCACCACUUCUCAAACUCGCGACUAAACCGCUAUGAGGCCUUACUUCUGACCCCUUCGAAUGUAACUAUCAAACGAGUUACCUCCCUCAAUCCUGCCACCCUCUUACCUCUACCAGAUGAUGGCACCCCACACCAUGAUUGCGCCCAGAUAGUCCGUCAGGCAGAGAAACCCCGAGAAGAUUUAGAUCAUCUUCCCCUGCCAAAUCCGGACUUAAUUCUGUAUACCGAUGGCAGCUCCAAAAUUGUAGACGGGGAAAGGAAGUCGGGGUAUGCAGUGGUCACGGAUUUUGAAAUAAUAGAAGCCAACCCAAUAAGUCCGCAGUAUAGUGCCCAAGCGGCUGAACUUGUAGCCCUCAUCAGGGCCUGUGAAAUUAGUGAAGGCAAACGGGCCACCAUCUACACAGACAGCAAGUAUUGCUUCGGAUUGGUGCACACCACGGGGCAAAUCUGGCUCCAAAGGGGCUUCUUGACAGCGGCGGGUUCCCAAAUAUCGCACGCUGCCCUGGUAGAGAGGCUCCUGAAUGCUAUCCACCUACCCGAGGCAAUAGCUGUUGUUCACUGCAAAGCGCACACGAGAGGGAGGGAUCCCAUCUCCAAAGGGAAUAGCCGGGCGGAUAGAGCGGCCCAAAUGGCUGCACUCCAACCUCCCUCAGAGGAAAUGGACUUUCAGUGCAUCCAACUCCCAGCUGAUUUAAACCUGAAAGAUAUCUAUCAGGCCAUAACUGAUGAAGAACUGGCAAAGUGGAUCUCUAUCGGUGCGUCCGAAAUCGACGGGAUUUGGACUUUGCCGGAUGGUAGAAUAGUUCUACCCAAGGCUUGGACGCCUAAGUUCGCAAGGACACUUCACCAACAGACCCACUGGGGAAAGGGAAAGAUAACGGACUUCAUACAAAGGCCAAACACUCGUGAACUGGACAUGGAACCUACCCUUCACUUAUUCAUCCUCCUCCUCUUUGCCCCACCUACCAUGCCUUUAUCAGACCAGUGCUCCGGUCUGCAGACGGACUAUCGCUUUCUUGACUACCAUACUGCAGACCUUGGAGGCAACCAGAACCCGGACCGAGUGGGCGACUUCAACUUUUGCCUCCCGGAAUCCCGAACCCUCCUUCGUCACUCCUUGGUCCCAAGGCUCAGUGGGACCCAAUACUGGGAACUUUUCAUACGGGACCGGAACUACCAGCGCAUUGGAUCUGCAAAUCUCACCAUGGAACAGCAGUACUACCGACUUCACUGUACCAAUGGAUCAUACUUCCUCUACGGGCAAAGGGACAUCCUCCGCUACCCUAAUUGGACCGAGAUGGAAAAGGGAGGUGCCCAACCCGUUUACACAGACAACCACCAUCCAUCAGAAAGGUUGAUAUUUGGGUUCCAAUGCCUCCUCUUGACCCCGAAGCCGGAGAAACCACAGCUACAGGGAGUUUGUUUAAGGCGUUUCUGUUGUCUAUGGAACUUGGGCUACACACAGGGUUGGAAAGGAGGGGAAUACCUUGAAGGCUGGUACCACCCUGUAGGAUCUUCAAACAAUUCCCCAGUGUGGGACCACGAUGGACCGCAGCGAUGUGGGGGAAUCGCCAAGAAUACGACCCUCCUAAGCACCUCUGACCCCCUCCAUCCUAUCGGAACGGCUCCUAGACAGCUCGGUGAAUACUCCACUCUUGAGGAGCCUGAUCUGCUCUCCUCCUGGGGCAAGAACUCUUACCUCCAACUCCUUAGCCAGGUAGCUAAGGAGGCCCCUCCACAAGACUGUUGGAUUUGCGCCCAUGCUCCAAGCCACAUGCGGCAAGGGCUACCCCUGGUACCAGUGCCUGUCACCCUAGAACAAUUCCGCUCCGGGGACAUGACAUCCUGGAAUCUUACCGCUAUGAACCUGACUCAUCAGUACCUGUACCUCACGGGUCCAACUAAGGGCCCCCUCUGCCGACUUUUCGCCGGUGGCGGGGCCCACAUAGGUACCAGCACCUGCACCACCAACCUCGAGCUCCAUGCUUCUGGACAGGUGACAAUCUCCUCACAUCUAGGUUCCCACAUUUACCCCAAUCUUUCAAUGGCAUGGGUCGCGGUGAUUGGCCGCCCUUCUAAAAACUCUACAUACAACCCGAACCCCUUGCUCCUGCGGCCCUUCGCUUCCGGAAGGAUGGAAUCCUACCUCUCAGGGUUAUUCUGGGUAUGUGGGCAUCGCGCAUACAGCUGGGUGAGCCCCCACAUGUCUGGUUCCUGUUUCAUCGGAUACAUCGUGCCUGGAAUCCGAGUCACUUACAACUUACCAGCUGGAAGGCAAAGGAACAGGAGAGGGCAGAAAUCCCUCUCAGAUCUCUCCGAUGUGGCAGCCAACGGUGAAACAUGGGGCAGGGCAUUAUUCCCUGCAUAUGGAGCGGGCUCCAACCAUGUGGACAUCCUUAAACUUACUGAUGUACUUCUGAAAUUCAUGCAGGAAGCAGAACAAAUCACGGACUCCCUCACCACAGAACUGUCACAGGGUUCCUUUGUUACCUCCUGUCUGUGCAUAUCUGGAACAUCCACCAAUACUCAUCUUCCUGGAGAUUUCAAUGCCUGGGCCAUCGAGUAA